UCUCCCGACGGCGGGUGGCGGGCUGCGGGCGGCGGGGGCCGGGCGCGGCGUCGGCGGGAGAAUGGAUUGGGGCACUGAACUGUGGGACCAGUUUGAGGUGCUCGAGAGGCACACGCAGUGGGGGUUGGACCUGUUGGACAGAUACGUGAAAUUCGUGAAAGAGCGGACUGAGGUGGAGCAAACUUAUGCAAAACAGCUGAGGAACCUGGUGAAAAAAUACCUGCCCAAGAGACCUGCCAAAGAUGACCCUGAAUCCAAGUUCAGCCAGCAACAGUCCUUUGUGCAGAUUCUUCAAGAGGUAAAUGACUUUGCCGGCCAGCGAGAGCUGGUGGCUGAGAAUCUCGGUGUCCGUGUGUGUCUCGAACUGUCCAAGUACUCGCAGGAGAUGAAACAGGAGAGAAAGAUGCAUUUCCAAGAAGGCCGUCGUGCCCAGCAGCAGCUGGAAAAUGGCUUCAAGCAGCUGGAGAAUAGUAAACGUAAGUUUGAGCGAGACUGCCGGGAGGCGGAGAAGGCAGCCCAGACUGCUGAGCGGCUGGACCAGGAUAUCAACGCCACCAAGGCUGAUGUGGAAAAGGCCAAGCAGCAAGCCCACCUUCGGAGUCACAUGGCGGAAGAAAGCAAAAACGAGUACGCAGCCCAGUUACAGCGCUUCAACAGAGACCAGGCCCACUUCUACUUUUCCCAGAUGCCCCAGAUAUUUGAUAAGCUGCAGGACAUGGAUGAGCGCCGGACCACCCACCUGGGCACUGGUUAUGGGCUCCUGUCGGAAGCUGAGCUGCAGGUGGUGCCCAUCAUUGGCAAGUGCUUUGAGGGCAUGAAGGUGGCUGCUGAAGCGGUGGACGCCAAGAACGACUCCCAGGUCCUAAUAGAACUGCACAAGUCCGGCUUUGCCCGUCCGGGAGAUGUGGAAUUUGAAGACUUCAGCCAGCCCAUGAAUCGAGCACCCUCAGACAGCAGCUUGGGUGCCCCUGCAGAAGGACGUACCCCGGGCCGCAGCCGUGCCAAGCGCUGGCCCUUUGGCAAGAAGAACAAGCUACGCCCCCCUCCCUUCUCCCCCCUGGGGGGUCCCCUGCCCUCGGUAUUACCUAAUGGACCCCCAUCCCCCCGAUCCGGCCUCGACCCCUUGGCCAUACUGAGUGAGAUCAGUAAGUCGGUCAAACCGCGGCUAGCAUCCUUCCGCAGCCUUCGCGGCAGCCGUGGGACAGUGGUGACUGAAGAUUUCAGCCACUUGCCCCCAGAGCAGCAGAGAAAGCGGCUUCAACAGCAACUAGAGGAGCGAAACCGUGAACUACAGAAGGAGGUCGACCAGAGGGAAGCCCUGAAGAAAAUGAAGGAUGUGUAUGAGAAGACCCCCCAGAUGGGGGACCCUGCCAGCUUGGAACCCAGAAUCACAGAGACCCUGAACAACAUAGAGCGGCUUAAAUUGGAAGUACAGAAGUAUGAGACUUGGCUGGCAGAAGCUGAGAGCCGGGUCCUGAGCAACCGGGGUGAUAGCCUGGUGCGGCACACCCGGCCCCCAGACCCCCCAGCCAGUGCCCCACCGGACAGUAGCAGCAGCAGCAACAGUGGGUCGCAGGACAACAAGGACAGCUCUGAAGAGCCCCCCUCAGAGGAGAGCCAGGAUGCCCCCAUUUACACAGAGUUCGAUGAAGAUUUUGAGGAGGAACCCACAUCGCCCAUAGGUCACUGUGUGGCCAUCUACCACUUUGAAGGGUCCAGUGAGGGCACCAUCUCCAUGUCGGAGGGCGAAGACCUCAGCCUCAUGGAAGAGGACAAAGGUGACGGCUGGACCCGCGUCAGGCGGAAGCAGGGCGGCGAGGGUUACGUGCCCACUUCCUAUCUCCGCGUCACACUCAACUGAACCCUGCCAGAGGCGGGAAGAGGGGCUGUCGACUGCUGCUUCUGGGCCACGGGGGGCCCCCAGGACCUGUGCACUUUAUUUCUGCCCCCGUGGCUUUGGCUGAGACCUGUGUAGCCUGCUGCCCCCCCGACCCCUCACCCCAGAUGGACCCGCUGUGCCUUCUACCACUGAUGUACAUACUCAUGUUUCAAAUAAUUUUUCUUCCUGCCGCUCGGCAAGGGUUAUUUUGUUUUAUAUAUAAAAUAUAUAUAUAAAGUUC